CCAGCCAGCCACGUGUGCCACGGGGGCGGGAGAAUGGAGGACAGCAUGUGACCAGGGCCCCCAGCUCCACUGUCGGCAGCAUGCUUGGUCUCCGCCGGAUGCUGGCUCUGUGUUUCUGGUGCUCUCUGCUUGCCUUGCUCCACACCCCGGGGUCCGCUGACGAGGAGGCCCACCUGGGAACGCCCCGGUCGACCGGCGGGCCCGGGGGGUAUCUGCCCCCCGAAAGGGACGGCUCUUCCUCAUGGUUGCCGGUGAAACUUCCUUCCAUCCCCUCAUUUCCAUUUAAAAUCCCUCCAUCUCCAUUUAAAAUCCCUUCAUCUCCAUUUGAAAUCCCGUGGCUGUGGAGCUCCAAGGAGAAGGACGCUGGGGUUCCCGGAAGCACAAGCGCGGUGCCGCCAGCCGCCCAGACUGAGACUGCAGAGGCCCUCAGAGGAGAACCGCAAGAAGAACAGUCUGGAUUUGGAGAGGAGGGUGCAGCUAGGCCUCAGACAUCCAGCCACACUCCUCUGGGGCCCCUCGCCAGCUCUGCAGGGACAUCCAGCCACACUCCUCUGGGGCCCCUCGCCAGCUCUGCAGGGACGGCAGCUCAUCUCUCGGGGACAAGCCCACCGGAAGAUGCAGCACACACAAACACACACACAGCGCAGGGUCCUACCUCCUACCCGCCCCUGACUGUGUCCAGCAGGGAUGACCUGUCCUCCCUCACCACUGCCGCCACAAACACACCAACCCCAACCCCAACACACACUUACCCAUCAGCCAACACUGCCAAGACCCAGGGCUACGAUGGGAGCACCACGAAACGGGACUAUAACAAGGAUCCGACCCCUCACCAUGACCCACUGGGGACUUUAACACCAUCAACUAUCACACCAGAAACCACAGUCCCCACUGCUAUGAUGAUGUGGACACAACCAAAGGCUACCAGAAACCCAGCGCAGGUGGAGACUACAUUACCCAGACACCCUUCGCGGACGGCCGGCCCGGAGUCACCCGUUAGCGUUAGCUUCGACGCUAACGUAGUCACAAGCACAGAGAGUCAGCCCUGGCAGAGCCCACCUGACCUGGGUGUGUCGGAGGCCAAGGCUGGGCCUGUGGAGGAGCGACCCCGGAUCAACACUACCACGCGGGCGCGAGGACGAUUAGAGGAGCACGACCCAUCCAGCUCUACUGAACAGCCAUGGGUUAACUCCCCGACACCAGGAGCAGAGCCUGAGGAGGAGGAGGAAGAGGAGGAGGAAGAGGAGGAGACGACAGGAGAUCUUGUAGAGACCGGCUGGGAUGUGAGGACAACAGGAGUAGCCACCACCAAAAUGUCCUUGACUACAGGCUCACCCCCUGACGCUGAAGACUGGCUUACCGACUCGACGGCCAGCGACUUCACCUUCCUCCCGGACUGCAACCAGGAACGUUCCGGAAUCUGCAACUCCUCCGACAACUGGGUGUUCCCCACCGUCUCCAUGGUUACGCCAACCGCCAACGCCACCUCCAGCAACGCCACCAACAGCCCCUCCCUGAUCCUGGCCCCGCCCAUGUUUGUCCCUCUCCUCUCGGACUGGACCAGCGCCCUGGCGGCCUGGGGGCUGGCGUGGGAGGCCCACGUCUACGGCCUGGGGUCCGUGUUCGCCAUGGUGACCCUGGCGUCGGCGCUCAACCUGCUGUGCCUGCCCCUGCGCUGCCCCUCCGGGUGUGGCUACUUCGCUCUGGUCAGCCUGUUCCUGCUGGCAGCAGGCUGCACCCGGGCCUUCUCCCUCCUCUACGACGCCUACGGCCACCUGGACCGCCUGGCCUCCGCGGAGGCCUCCCUCCUGCUGUGCGAGGCCCCGUUCCCCUGCCUCACGGCGGCCUUCGGCCUGGUGUUCCUCCUGCUCUCCAUGCGCUCUAGGAUGCAGCUGUCCUACUCUGCCUUCCAGAGGCCCUGCUUCCUGGCCUGCCUGGUGCUGCUGCACUUCCUGGCAGCCUUCGGGCCGGCCGCGCUGCUGAAGUUCUACCACCAGAGGGCGACCUUCGGCCUUUUCCUGUCGCUGGUCUCGCGCGGGGCGUUCGUGGCUCUGGCCUCGUUCCUGUCUGCGGCGUAUUUCGUGUUUUACUGCUACGUGCGGGCGGACUCCAAGCACAUCUACCACCUCAACAACACCUCGCCCACGCCGGCCGAGCGCUACAACCGUUGCCCGUUCGCCGAGAGCCGAGCCUGGGACCGAGCGGCGGCCACAGUGUGCCUGUCGGCGCUGUUCUCUCUGGCCUGCGCCGGGCUGCAGCUCUACGCCAUGCUCCACGCCCUCGGCCUGGCCGGCGGGGCCCAGGUCUUCCGCCCCUGGCCGUGGUGGGCCUUCCAGUUCAGCUGCAGGGUCUGCGAGGUGGGGGUCUGCCUCACCCUGGCCUUGGUGGUGGCCCAGCCGGUGUACUGCUCCGAUCAACUCCCGCAGGCCGCUAGCUGCUGGACGGAGCUGCUGGCCGCCAAGUCUCCCAUCAUCCCCGGGAGCUACCAGUGGACUCUGAGCCACCAGGAGAAGCUGGCCAUCUGCGACCCCGUGGGCCAUGGAGAGACAGAGUGCCUGCCUCUUUACACGCUGGUGGACGAGAGGCUGGGCAGCAGCCUGAACGGCCUGGACCUCCUGUACCACAGCAACCAGGGCUUGGCGUACCGGGACCAGGACCUGCCAGGGGCCGGCCUGCAGGAGGAGCCGGUGGGAGGAGCCACGUCCGGGGGCUCGUCGUUCACCAGCGACUCCACGGCCGACCUGAGGCCUCCCUCGCCCAUCAACCUGCGGCGCAGCAUCGACGAGGCGCUCUUCAGCGACGCGCUGUUUCCCAUGAGCCUCUUUGGGCCUUCCAGACCUUUCCGCUGCAGCGAUCUCUCCCUCAACGGCCCCCUGGGGCCCCCCAACGGAGGCCAGGCUCUCUGGGAGACCCUCUCGGCCGACCCGGGCCUGUACCGGACCUCCUCCUGUGUGGACGUGGCCCCCCAGCCCUCGGCCCCUCGUCCAGGGGACGCCUCGCCCCCCCAGUCCCUCUCCUCCUCCGCCAGCUCCUCGCCAGAUCGCUGGAGGGGAACCUCCUCCUCCUGUUCCCUGUACAGACCCUCCCUCGGAGACUCCUCCCUGGUCCUCUGCUCCAGCCCCGAUGGCCUCGGUCCUGGGAGCUCCGGCCGUGAAGUGCCCCCGGGGAGCCAGGGGGCUUACCCCCAGGGACGGUACCUCACCCUGGGGUCAGCCUCUCAGGAGAGUCUGGACCUGGACGUCUCCUCCGAGGCAGACCGGUCCGUCCAGGAGGAGUUCAUGACCGCGUGUCGGCAGAUUGAUGCUCUGAGCGUCUGUAGUGAGACGAUUGACCUGUAGGGGGAGCUGUGAAGGGGGUUGAGGCCAAUGUUGGCGGGUGUUCUUGAUGAAGUAAGCAAGAUGGUCAUAUUCGAAGGUGCUUAUCAGUUCCCUUCUGAGUUCCUUCCUGGUUGAGGAAAAGUUUGAUUGUGCCAAAUGCUUUAGGGUUUGUUGAUCAAGAUUGUUUGAAAUGAAACACCGAAAUGUUUGUUUGCUAAUGUUUCUGAGGGACCUUUAAGUGCCACAGAAAGCCAUGACAUGGGUAAUUUGUAAGUGACUUUUUCAUGUUUGAUAUUGGAUGUUGCAGUUUGAUACUCCUAUACAACGUAUGGAUGUCCUUGUACAUUUGGAUAUAGGGGAUGAGGACAGUAACCCAUUUGUACAAACCCUAUUUUGCAAUUAGAUACUACUGUGAUUAUAAUCAGCACUUAUUACAUGAGACUACUGAAAACAUUAGACAAGUAUAUACUUUCAAGUCUAAUAGAAUAAUAUUGUCAUUCAAUGCCAAGUUGCUUUGAUGCAGUUAACAUCAUAGUAUUCUGUAUGUAAGCCUCUAGUUGCCCUCCAUGCAGUUUCCUGUGUAUCAGCUGGGUUUUCCAGCUGCGUCGUAGCAGAGCUGCAGUGCCCCCUUCAGGCAGGAUGCAUUUACUGCGAGGCAGCUGCAAAACUGCAGUACACUGUACACUGUCCAAAACCAGCUUCACUAAUUUAUUCAUGUGUUAAAAAUAUAAUUAUUACCCGUGUUUGAGAUACUCUUGAAUAAACACACAC